AUGGAUGAAUGUAAUCAUGACCUCGAGGAGAAGAGCAGACUUAUCACUAAGGAGAAAAUAACAUUUGGAAAAGUAAGAGUUACCAGUUACCUUCAUUACCUAACAGAUUGCAUUAUUGAACACUUUUCUUAAUAGUUUUUUAAUAGACCUACUAUAUAUUUUAACCAGUCUUGAUAUUGUUUCUACAGAACUAAAGAUUCUCUUUACUAACUGAAAUUAACUUAUUUUAAGAAAAAAGGUGCUUAAAUAUUGUAUUUAGACUUUUAAAUAUGUACUUCAAGGUAGUAAGACUAUCCAUACAAGCAUUUUAUUUCUAUAAAAUUAUAUUUUUAUACUAGCAUUUACUGACAUUUGUAAAUGCAGGUGACAUUUCACAAAUUAAAUAAGCAAAUGAGGAACAAUUUCAUUCACAUGGAGGCCUACAUUUUGAAUUUUUUGUGCAUAAAAAUUAAGGCUAUUUAAACCAUCAUAUAUUCAAAUUGUACAAUUAGAUAAUAGGGCCUAGUCAUCAUUUAUUUUUUUUUUAAAGUAUGGCUGUUAAUGCCAACUUAAAUUUUAUACAAUUGCCUUUGCAGUUUAUAAGGAGUGCUUUAAAAAACACACACAUAUUUUAAAAAAGUACCUAGGCCUAUGGAUAAAAGUUUCAUGCUGGACAUCUUUGAACAUGUUAACUUUUGAAUUUGUUCUUAAACAUUAGAAUUUAUUUCAAGAAUUAAAUAUAUUUCAGAAAGCAGAGAUCAAACUGUAAACUCCAAAUCUGCUUCCCAGAUCUUUUGAAGUAAAGAAAACAUUUUUUUUAAGCCAACAUAAUUAAUUAUAUUUUUUUUUUCAUUUGAAAACCUAGGUCAAAUGGACUGUGUACUUGGAGAUUCUAAAUGGUUACGGCAAAAUGUAUGCAUUUCUCUCAGCUAUUAUGAUUAGUGCAUUUCACAUUGCUUACAAUUUCUCUUUCAUCUGGUUGACAAAAUGGAAUGAUGAUGAUAAACUUGCUAACACGACAGAAUUACCAGCCUCUAGUUCAGAAAGAUUUGACAGAAACCAAUAUUUCAUCAUAGUCUUUGCAAUUUUUGGUGUACUGCAAAGUGAGUUCUGAAAUUUUUGUUGAUGUUAUUUAAAAGCAUGUGUACUAAAAAAAUAGAGCAGCUACUAGGAAAAGAUGUGUUAUGUUGAACUAAUGAUAAAAUAUACAAAGAUAAACGGAAGAUAAGAUAUAACAAAUCAACCUAAAAACUGUAGGAACUGAAGAUAAGAUAUAACCAAUUGAACUUAAGAAAAGAUAUUACAAAUUAAUUGAAAUAUUAAAAUAUAACAACUUAAUUUAACUGAAUAUAAUAUAUAAAAAAUAUUGAAGCAAUGUAGGUUUUUAAACAGGUCCAUAAAGAAAAUAUUAGCCUUUAAAAAAAAAUAAUUAAAAAUAAAUCCAAGCAGAAUGAAAAAAAAUUCAGGUGCUCCUCUAGUAAAAUGUAGAAAAUCCUAACACCAUCAUUGGUUUGCUUUGUUAUACAUUCUAUUAGCAUGUUGCAACUUGACCUCACUGAAGUCUAAAUUCUAUAUUGCUACUCUUACUUAGUAACAAUUUUUGUACACAAUAACUGCAACAAAUACUAUAAACAGAUUGAGCACCAAUAAUUUUAAAGAGCUCAUAAGUGUUCAAACCCUGUUACUGUCUAGGAUAAAAAUGUAGAAUUUUAUAAAAUCAAUUUUCCUCUUGAAAAUUAUAGCCCUGUGCUGCAUGAUGUAUGCUUGUGUACUGCAGUACCGUCAUGUGGUUACAUCACGAGUAAUCCACACACAGCUGCUGAAUGGGAUUCUCAAAGCACCAAUGAGUUUCUUUGACACAACACCCAUGGGUCGAAUACUGAAUCGUCUCAGCCAAGAUCUAGAUAUCCUGGACAAUGACAUUUUCUUAGAGCUUGAAGUCUACAUUGAACAUGCUAUGUUUUCGAUUGGCAUUCUGGUCAUAAUAUGCUAUGCAUUUCCAGCCUUUAUUGCUAUUGCAAUUCCAGCUAUUAUUAUUUUUUUCCUUGUACAGGCAAGUUAAAAAGAUAACAUUACCAGUUGUAUAAAAAUUAGCUGUUUUUUUUAAAAAAACAAGAUUUUCAUUAAUGUUAACUUUAAAAGAUGCCAUUUAAAAAAACAACAACUAUACUCAGGCACUACUUUAUUUACUUGAGACUAGUCAGACUGUUAACAUCUUAGUUUGUCCUGCUACUUAUAUUUGUAACUUUAUUUCUAUAAAUAAAUGAACAUUUUUGGUAACAUAGUUGAGCCUUUAGAAUUAGAAUUUAAAUAAUUUCUUAAUUCAUACUGAUGAGUGCUUCAAAAAAUAAUUUCAUUAUUUGUUCACUAAUUUGUUGAAUAUCAAUUAUCCAAAUUUUAUUUACCCCACACUUAAAUUAAUAAUAGUUUUUUGUUCCAGCAAUAUUAUGUAAAAACAUCUUGUCAACUAAGACGUAUUGCAGCCAAAAAUCGCUCCCCUGUUUUUGCUCACUUCAGUGAAAUGUUGUCAGGGGUUAGUGUUAUAAGAGCUCACCAACAGCAGGCCAGAUUUAUUGUGGAAUCAGAGGCCAAAGUAGAU